UCUUUUAGAGUUCAAAACAAAAAGAGAAAAGCUAAGGGUGUAGUUCUACCCGAGUUGUAACAAUGGUAUUAGAGUCGUUCACCAUUCCCUAUGUCGACUGUGCCAUGAAUGAUGACAUUAGUAUGCUAGUGUUCGCUCGGGGCUAAUAAUAUCUAGCGCACAUUAAUGCAGUCAUCGAGAACAACAAAUGUGAAGUGUGGUUGUUUAUUAUUGUUAGUUGCAAGUUCUACAUUGAUACUCCAAAGUGUCGAUAUAUGUAAGACUUGCAAUUGAAUUAGGGUUGGCAAUCGUAUGAGGCGGUGCGAGAGUAGAGCAGCAUAGGUUUUAGACUAUGCAGGCGGUGGGAGUUUAAGGCCAUGCGGAUGGGAUGGGUUGAAAUAUUUUCUCGAAAGAGCUGAUGAUGCGGGGCGGAAUGAAUUGCGAGUCUAUUGUAUCUCAAGCUAUGGCGGCCUCCAAGGUAUCCAUCAUGUCAACAUGGACAGUUAAAGCUGGAGGGAGUCUUACUGAAGAGCACUGCCAUUCAGAUAAUUGUAAGAUAAUUGAGCUGACACCAUGGGACAUUCUUGAGCUUCAAAUUGAAUAUGGUCAAGGCGGAGUCUUCUAUCGCAUGCCUACAUCUCAACAAGUAAGAGAUCUAUCAAAAGCGACCAACACCGACUCCUUGAUUGAUCAUCUUAGAGUUUCAUUAUCUCGAGUUUUAGAUUUCUUUCAUCCGUUCUGUGGCCGCCUUGAGGCUAUCACUGAGCAGAUCAGUGGAACCACUUCUUUCUUCAUUAACUGUAACAAUGCCGGUGUUCAAUUCAUCCAUGCAAAGGCUGAUAAUGGUGUUACAGUUGACAACAUUUUGGAAUCAAAUUUCGUUCCUCAGGUGGUACAAGAACUUUUCCCAUUAAAGGGAGUUCAAAACAAAGAGGCUACCUCCCAACCACUUUUAGCUGUGCAAGUAACAGAGUUUGUGGAUGGCAUUUUCAUUGGCUGCUCAAGCAAUCACACAGUAGCUGAUGGAUCAUCCUUUUGGCAUUUUUAUGAUUCUUGGGCUGAGAUAUCUUGUGGUUCUAAUGUCAUCUCAAAAAUCCCCGUUUUGAAACGUCAAUUCCCUUUCAAAAUUGAAAAUCUCUCUAAACGCAUUUCUAUACCUAAUGAAAGAAUCAAUGUCGCAGGCGAUCAUAAAUUCAUUCCACCAGCUGUACAAAUAACGUUGCGAGAAAAGGUGUUUCAUUUUACCAGAGAAAGUGUAGCCAAGCUAAAAGCAAAGGCCAAUCUUGAAAUGAACACCACCAAGGUUUCGUCUCUUCAAGCUGUGUUGGCUCAUGUUUGGCGAUCCGUCAUACAUUGUCGUCGUCAUCUCGAUCACAGCGACGAGACUACUUUUGAGGUAUCGAUCAACAUGAGGGAAAGAUUGAAUCCUCCUUUGCCUGAAGGGUUUUUUGGAAAUGCAAUUUACCCUUCUACUAUAACGAUCAAGACGGGAGAGCUACUCGAGCACGGAUUUGGAUGGGCUGCUUUACAAAUUAAUGAGAUGAUUGCUUCGCACGACCAUAAAAAGUUUAAGUGCAUCUACGAGAGUUGGAUGAAGGACCCUGAGGUAACAAAAUUGGAUGAUUUGCCAAGCAAUUACUUUAUGUUGCACAACUCUCCAAGAUUCAAUGUUUAUAAAUAUGAUUUUGGUUGGGGAAAGCCAAUUGCACACAGAAGUGGCGGGGGGAACUUGUUCGAUGGGAAAAUUACUGUGUUACCUGGGCUAGAACAAGGGAGCAUAAACCUUGAGAUUUGCCUUUCUUCAAAGACGAUGCAAGAACUGGAGGAAGACAAAAUAUUUGGGGAGUUUGUGACCACACCAAUUGUCGGUGUGGAAUAAUGAACGAUUGACAGAGCCAUAAAAAAGUGGUUCUUAAUUAUCAGUGUCUAAAUUUGCUACUUAUCUAUGAAUCUUUCUGCCAGCCUGCCAAGAUAGAGCAUCACCGAAGCAAUAAUAUGUCAUAGAGGAGAUAAGUUGUGUCUCAGGGCUGCUGCUUGUAUUUGAGAGAUCUUUUUUAUUUUGUUGUUGUGAUUUGAGAAGCUACAUUCUUUUCAACUGGUAUUAUCUUUGGGGAAAAAAUAUUUGUUUAUUGCA